CAGAAGGUAAAAAAAAACUACAAUUUUGAAUGCGCCAAUCGCCAAAAAUUGGAAUGGUAACGACGAAUGACCGUUGACCUACCGUCGUCUCCCGUAUCACUUCGGCUUUCGAUCCAUCAUCGUUGAGGAGCUUCGAUGUGCGAAUGGCGUCGACGGAGGCGAACGAAGGAGAUCGUGCGGUGGAGCUGAUCGUGAGCGGCGCAUCUUCACCGCCCGAAGCCGCCGCCGCCGCCGCCGCCGCCGCCGCCGCCAAUGUUGAUGGCGAUGCUCCGGAGAUAACGCCUCUGUUGAAUCAGUCCGACAAGCCCAAGAUCAACAUAUUCGCCGUCUCCUAUCCUCGACGAAACACUAGGGAGCAAGUAAUCAGAUCACACGAUGCCGAGGUGUCUCCUGCGGUUCAGUGUGCUCUGUGGGUGUGGAGUGGAUCCAGAUACUCUGGUCUGUUGUGCAUGGCUGCGUCGUCUAUGAUCUACUUUUUGAUGGAAGCUGUUUCCGAUGCUUUCGCUGCUCAGUCAAUUCCAUUGUUUGAGACCGCGUUUGCUCGAUGUACACUAAUUUUGAUAUCAUCGUAUCUGUGGUUGAGGAAGGGUGGACAGCCAUUAUUUGAGCCCAAACAUGCUAGAAAGCUUUUGUUUUCACGAGCUGUACUUGGAUAUCUCUCACUAAUGAGUUUUAUUUAUUGCAUUCAAAGAUUACCUUUGUCUCAGGCCAUUGUUUUGAGCUUCACAACUCCAAUUAUGGCUUCAAUAGCGGCAAGAGUCAUAUUGCGGGAGAAGUUGAGAAUUGGGGAUAUAGGAGGUCUUGCUUGCAGUUACUUUGGUGUGCUUUUUAUCUUCCAGCAGAUGCUUGUCUCACAAGGGGGGUUAAAUAAAGCUGGCAAAGUACAAGCUUAUGCUAAGGGAAGUCACCAUAUAUUGGCAGUGCUAGUUGGCUUAUUUUCAGCAAUAACUGGUGGAAUCAGCUUUUGUCUUAUUCGAGCAGGAGCCAGAGAAACGGAUCAACCUAUGAUGACUGUGUUUUCGUUUACCUUGCUGGCUAGCCCUGCUGCUGGACUCUGUGCAUUUUCCUUUGAGGAUUUUGUGCUGCCUAGCUAUUACACAGUUUUCCUGAUGUUGGUAUAUGGUGGGCUGGCCUUUCUGGCAGAGCUGCUGUUGGCGCGUGCUCUUCAGCUUGAAAAGACUAGCAAAGUUUCGAACAUCCAGUUCAUCGAGGUUGCGCUAUCACAGUUAUGGGGAAUUGGUGCACGAAGGCUAUCUCCAUCUUUUGGGCGGCUUGUCGGGUGUUUUCUCAUCCUAAUCUCAGCGUGCAGCACCAUGUACAGUGGACCCGAUAAAGAGACUGCCUGAGGCGAAACAGUAGCAGAGGCAUUCUUUUAGUUCCAUUUCUCAAGCAAACAUUCCCCAGUUGCCACCAGGCACCAGGUGCACUCAUUCUUUGUAAGCGUUGUAAAAUGUUGCAUGAAAAUGAACUGGGUCUAUCAUUACCCAUGUAUUCGGUUUUUCACUCUUGGCAUUUGCACCCCUCACAGUAUUUUUGAAGGCAAGAAGGCCUUCUAACUUUUUGUAAUUAGAGAAGGUCAUAAAGAAGAAAUAUACACACGCUCCCUCUUUUGGAGCAAACUGCUUACA